UCUAAUUUGUUGAGAUACGGAAAGGAAGAAAGAAAUAUCAACGUGGAGGGUAAUCGAGAUGACAAACUUGGUGGCAAACUACUAGUACUACCCCAAAACACAAGAGACGGAAUGGACACUGCUAAACCAAACCCCUUUAUCUUCUUCCACAAAAUUCAUACCUAUAUUUAAUUUUUUUUCCCUUUAUUUUCUUUCUUUUUUUUGAUGAAGAUCCCGAUUUGGGUUACUUAAUAGGAAAAGGGAGAACUUCAGAUUUGAAAUUGGGUGGCUAUGGACGGCGGAGGAGGUGGAGGAGGAGAAGCUACCAGAAAAAGAGGGCUCGACAAUCAGAGGCUUUACAAAGGGAUAAGGAUGAGGAAGUGGGGAAAGUGGGUGGCUGAGAUUCGAGAGCCCAAUAAGCGCUCUAGGAUUUGGCUCGGCUCUUACUCUUCUCCAGUCGCCGCCGCCAGGGCCUACGAUACCGCCGUUUUUUACCUCAGAGGCCCUUCCGCCAGGCUUAAUUUUCCCGAGUUGUUAGCUGGGGAAGGCCGUGGAAUUAGCGCCGGAGCCGGCGACAUGUCGGCGGCUACUAUACGGAAGAAAGCUACGGAGGUGGGGGCACGAGUGGAUGCUCUGGAAAGUUCGUUAGGGCAACACAGUCACCACAAUCGGAACCAUCAUUCCCACGCAUCGGCAUCUCCGCCAGAGACGAAAGGCUGCAGCGGGUUUUUGGAUCGGGUGGAUUUGAACAAAUUACCCGACCCGGAAGAAGAAGAUGAAGAAGGGGAUGGAGAGUUCGAGUGGGAGAGAGUGGAGAGACACUGAAAUUUGAAAGUUUAGUGGGGGAUUUUUCUCUUAUUCAGAGGCGCCAACACGCGCCGCCGAGGUAUGUCACGGCCGAUCAUCAUCCCCUGAUUUGCCUCUCUCUGUUUCUGGUUAGGGUAGGGUUUUUCCUUUUUUUUUUUUUUUUUUUUUUUUUUUUUUUUUUUUUUUUCUUUAUGAGUUUUUUUUUUUCUUUAACCAAAAAGAAAUUUUGGCCCAUGUAGUAAUAUUAUGAAUGAAUGUACAUUAACUUAGGAACCCAGUUAUUAUAAUGAUGAUGAUGAUCAAAUUUCUUCCUU